UUUUUUUAUGUUUAAAGCAAUGUGAUUAUGAUAUGCUAUAAAUGAAUGUUUAAUAGACCUGAUAAGAGCAGAAGAGUUCCCCACAAUGAACAUUAUUGAUUCACUAAUGAUUUCUGCCAAUGAAAAUGAUCAAUAUUUGUGUUCUAUCAGUAUUAACCAGAGCAUUAUGUCGAUUGUUUGCUCUCGCAGGCUCUGCUCCUCUGAGAUCGUACCCUCUCCUGUCUGUGAUCACACACCAGCAGCCCAGCAGCCUCCCACAGAUCUCUCAGCUGUCUCCUCACCUGCCCCUUCUGUCACCCCAGCACCCGUUCACUUCCGAGCCCACAGCCAGCGAGACACCCGUCAGCAUCAGCAGCGAAUCAGAGACGGAGCACAGCACCCCGCGGCUGAAGAAACCCCGCCGCAGCCGCACCAUCUUCACUGAGCUGCAGCUGCUGGGCCUGGAGAAGAAGUUCCAGAAACAGAAAUAUCUCUCCACUCCAGACAGAUUGGACCUGGCUCAGUCUCUGGGACUCACACAGCUCCAGGUGAAGACAUGGUACCAGAACAGACGCAUGAAAUGGAAGAAAAUGGUGCUAAAAGGAGGACACGAGGCUCCUACCAAGCCCAAAGGACGACCUAAGAAGAACUCCAUCCCAAGCACAGAGGAGAUCGAGGCCCAGGAACGGCUGACGGCCAAACUAGUGGAGGAGGAGAGGCUACAAGCCGGAGUGGAAGAAGAGGUCUUCCAAUCUCAACCUCAAGAUCUCAGUACAUCCGCUACGUCCGAGUCCAUCUGUCCAGAAACCCCGGCGCAAGAACAGGCCCCUCUGUCUCCGUCAGAAGCAAUGACGACUAGCUAAACGCAGCCGUGCUGAUGCACAACCAAAGACAGCUACUGAAAGACUUUGAUGCUCCAUGGACUUGAGCAGUUGAACGGCUCCCCAAGCCUGAUUUUGAGUUGACAGUGGCCCCAAAAAGUAUAGCGGUACUUUAGACACACAAAUAUGUGUGAAUGUCAUUGCAAAACAACAAAACAUCAAACCAAGUGGCUUGCAUAACCAAAACAGAGAGAAUAAUUGCACACUUCUCAGGCGAAUCAUUUCACAAAAAUACGCUUCUUUAGGUUUUAAAAGAUUAAACAGCUGGACACUGUAUUUGGACGCAUUCUGGUUGUCAAACUGUGGAUCACGUUCAUACCCGGCCAACAAAAACAUGUUCUAGGAACGUUCCCAUUAAGUUAAGCUAUGUUCUCUGAACGU